AUGGCCGCCAUCUCCCCCGCUGGCUACCCCAUGCAGCAUCCACAAGCCCAUGCCCAUGCCCAGGCACAGGCUCAGGCACAGGCUCAGGCACAGGCUCAGGCACAGGCUCAAGCGCAGGCUCAGGCACAGGCUCAGGCACAGGCUCAAGCGCAGGCUCAAGCUCAAGCGCAGGCUCAGGCUCGCGUUCAGCAAAUACCCUACUUUGCAAAUCCAAAUCCUUAUCCUCCCCAGACAAGAGCGCCACAGAUCCGCCACCACCAGCCCGUGCAGCAUGGUUUCGGGCCCGUUCCACUGCACGCUGGUGCCGGCGGCGCUGCAUCAACCAUAAUGAUGUCCCCCGGUCUUCCCCAUCAUUCGCCUGGUCUUGCUGUUGGUCCUGUGCCUCACCCCCAAAAUUUCUCAAAUCCUCAGUAUAUGCAAUCGAUCCCAACGUCCCUGGCGCAGUCCCCGCUUCCUCAGUCGCCUUCUACCCAGAAUAUGGUUCCUCUUUCACAGAGCCAGCCCCAAACCAUGACUGCAGUCGCCGCAUCAAAUCCCCUCUUUUCUACCCCGCCCCGCCCCUCCCCCUCCCAGCCUCCAAAUCAGCAACAACAGCAAACCCAGUCCCCUGUUACUACCCCUUCUUCCCAACAAACUGCUCGUGAAAGGGCCCGUGUAACCAUUCUCCUUGAUAUAAACUCAGCCCUCUUGCAAGAGGUCAUGAACCUUCGCGCCUCCGGCAAAGCAGGCGAAGCCCCCAGCCAACCUGCCUCACAUCAGUUGUCACCCAUCAAAGACAAUAGAACCACUUCCCCCCCCACCCCCACCGAUGCCGCGGGAUCUCAAUCGCAGAACCCUGCCACCGAUGCAUCCAAACCAUCGCCUGUGCUUAUGGGUAAACCGAGCAUCGAAUUCAUCGACUGCAUGCGACGUCUACAGGCAAAUCUGGCGUAUCUAGCCACAGUUGCCGACAGGGGAAAGAAGUCGGGAGCCGCAGUACCCCUGGCCCCCGCGAUCAUGACACCGCCGCCAAAUGUCCCGUCUGUUACUGAGUUGUAUGGCAAGCUAAACGAGCUCUUUGCCGGGGCGGGCAAGCAGGGUGGUGGUCCCUCUACGCCUCAGCAACAACACCAGCUGCAGCAGCAACGACAAUACCAGUCUGUGCAGCAGUCACCUCAGGGUAAUGGAGCUAUGGUUCGCAGUUCACCAGCGGAGACGGCUGGAUGA